UUUCAAAAAUGGCAAUAAUAGAGCUUCUCUAGUUCUGGCCCGCAAAUUCCCUCAAUCAUUAUUUCUUUAACAACCCAGAGCCAAAUAACCAAAAGCAAAAAAAAAUAUUCAUAAUUCAUGCAUGGAAAUAUGGCAUGCCACCCUUAGCAACACCUUUCCGUCUCAUAUAUAAAUAAGCACCCAAUACCAAGAGUUAUGCCAAGCUCUUUUGUUGAUCCUCAACAACCUCUCCAUCCUUAGAAUCCAAAAGGGCUUCACAUCAAGAAUGGCAACCAUUCAUGCUGUUCAUUUGGCUUUUGUUUUCGGCCUCCUUGGUAAUAUUGUGUCCUUCCUCGUAUACCUAGCACCACUGCCAACUUUUUCUAGGAUAUGCAAGAAAAAAUCAACAGAGGGGUUCCAAUCACUGCCUUAUUCAGUAGCACUAUUUAGUGCAAUGUUAACCCUUUACUAUGGAUACUUAAAGAACCGGGCUAUUAUGCUAAUCACCAUCAAUUCCAUUGGGUGUGCCAUUGAGUCCAUAUACCUUAUCAUAUUCAUGAUAUAUGCACCAGGGAGAGCCAGGAUUUAUACCGCAAAACUGCUUGCCUUUUUUAACCUAGGACUUUUUGGGAUGAUUGUGCUUUGCACCUCCCUCCUAAUUAAACAAAGUUAUUUGAGGCUCACAGUUGUUGGAUGGAUGUGUGCAAUCUUUUCAGUCUGUGUUUUUGCUGCUCCUCUUAGUAUCAUGAGACUGGUUAUAAAAACAAAGAGUGUGGAAUUCAUGCCCUUUUCACUGUCAUUUUUCUUGACGAUUUGUGCUACAAUGUGGUUCUCCUAUGGUUUAUUGAUAGAUGAUUUCUAUGUUGCGACACCAAACAUACUAGGUUUCACAUUCGGAAUUGCUCAGAUGAUACUGUACAUCAUUUACAAGGAUAAGAAGAACGUUGUGUUGCCAGAAUUUAAGGUUGAAGAUGCUCCAAAUGGCACCAUACCCAGCAUCGAACUGUGCACAGACGAGACGCCAGGGAAACUCAAUGCCAUGAACCAAACGCAAGAGUCUAAAAUAGGUAAAGGGAUUGAUGAUGCAACUACUGAGGCAGCUGAAUUAAAUGUGUGAGUACCCACAAUGAAGUGAACAAGACAUGUAUUGCCCAAAUGCAAAAAAAAUAAAAGCUUCUACUUGGUUCUAGAGGAGUGGUUUGGCAAAAGAAAAACGCAAGUUGUUUCUGUUUUUAGGGUCAGGUUCUUGUUGUUUCUUACAGACCUUCAUUAUUGGUGUUGUCCGACUUACUAGUAUUCAAUGAAUCAGUUUAUAAGGCUUAUGUCAACUAUUUCAAACAACUAUUAAUUAUAAAAUUAAGUAUAACUUCUUAGUCCAA